AUGGUCAGGGCCCAGUUAGGAGUCUUCAUUACCAGUAAAGUAUGCAGGAAUGCCGAGAGCUUAGUGAUGAAAAAAACUGAAGAGAAGUUUAGGGAAGACUUCAAGGUGCUUAAUAAUUAUGCACUUGAGUUACAAGCAACCAAUCCAGGAAGCAGUGUACUUGUUGUGGCUGAGAAGGUUAACCAUAAUGAGUUUCCUGUGUUCCAGAAGAUGUACAUCUACUUGGCUGCUGUCGGAGAAGGGGUUUUAGUUGGUUGUAGGCAGAUCAUAGGUGUAGAUGGUUGUUUUCUUAAAGGGCUACUCAAAGGGCAAUUGCUUAUGGUUGUAGGUAGGGAUGGGAACAACCAAAUGUUCCCUUUAGCAUGGGCUGUUGUUGAGAAGGAAACUACUGAGACAUGGGCAUGGUUUUUUGAAAAUUUGAUGAUUGAUCUUGGCAUGGGAGAAGGGUUGGGAUGGUCUUUAAUAAGUGAUAUGCAAAAGGGUUUAAUCCAUGCAGUGAAAGAUCUUCUACCUUUUAUUGAGCAUAGAAUGUGUGCAAGGCACAUCUAUGCGAGGUGGGGCAAGAAACAUCAAGGAAAGGAGUUACAACUUCAAUUCUGGAAUGUGGCCAUAUCUACAAGCAUCCCAGAGAUGAAGAAACAUUUGGACCAAAUGAGGAAGAUGAAAGGUGGAGACAAUGCUGUUGAAGAGUUACUUGAGAAAUGGCCAGUUCAAGGUUGGUGCCAAGCAUGUUUUAAUGAUCAAGUUAAAUGCGAGGUAAUCGAUAACAACUUGUGUGAAACUUUUAAUGGAGUGGUCCUAGAUGUAAGGAGUAGACCAGUUAUCUCUAUGCUAGAAACAAUUCGGCAGUAUGUGAUGAUGAGGAUUGCAGUGAAAAAGGACUAUGCUAGCAGAUGGGCAGGGGAUUAUGGGCCAAAUGUUGCUGCCAUGAUUGAAAAAGAAAGAGAAGCCUAUGUUAUAACGCUUGCUGAACAAACAUGCUCUUGUGGCAAAUGGAGCAAAACAGGCAUCCCUUGUCAACAUAGUAUGGCAGCUAUUGCUUUUCAAGGGGAAGACCCAACUAAUUAUAUAACUCACUGGUUCAGAAAAGAAACAUAUGAAAAGGCAUAUCAAUUUGCAGUUAAUCCAGUAAAAGGUAGGGAUUUCUGGCCAGUGAGUGAUGAAGGGCCACUUCUGCCUCCUUUUGUGAAAAGAAUGCCAGACAGAGCUAACUACAAUAGCACCUGCCCAAAAAGGACUAAAAGGACUAAUGCUUCUGACACAACUAGCAACAUAUCAGAAACAUCUAUCCAAAAUAAGAAUGUAGAUGUUACAAUCAAAGGGAGAAAGAAGUAUUCGGCAGGAAUGCCUCCAAUACAGGUUUUAAGGAUUGGUCUUGCAGAAUUGUUAAUUUCUUACAAAUUAAUCCCUGCAAACUCCUUUAAAACAUGCACAGAAUUUUUUACAUUGGCUUGCUGA